AAGUGUCCGGACUGGAAGGGGGGGGUGAAAGUGUCCGGGACUGGAAGGGGUGAAAGUGUCCGGACUGGAAAGGGGGUGAAAGUGUCCAGACUGGAAGGGGUGAAAGUGUCCGGACUGGAAGGGGUGAAAGUGUCCGGACUGGAAGGGGGUGAAAGUGUCCAGACUGGAAGGGGGUGUAAGUGUCCGGACUGGAAGGGGGUGAAAGUGUCCGGACUGGAAGGGGGGGAAAGUGUCCGGACUGGAAGGGGGGUGAAAGUGUCCGGACUGGAAAGGGGUGAAAGUGUCCGGACU